CGACUCCAUCACUGCAUCUUCCCAUCCACCACUCAAGGAUGCCAGCCCUCGAGCUGCCACCGCCGUCGAAGGGCGCCACAGUCGAGGAUGUCGACGAGGUGGCAGAAGCUUCCACCAGCGCGGCCUCGAAGCCAAAGUUCUCGACGGGCGGCCUCAUCUACCCGCCGCCGGACAUUCGUUCCAUCGUUGACAAGACGGCCACCUUUGUCGCUCGUAAUGGUGCGACGUUCGAGUCAAAGAUCAAAGGCGAUGAGAGAGCAAACACCAAGUUUGCCUUUCUCAACGAUGGCGAUGCCUUUAAUGCAUACUACCGUGCUAGGAUCGAGGCAAUACGAGAUGGCACUGGCCCUCUAGCAACAGCGGAUGGACCAGGUCAAGGGCAGCUCAUGACGACGGCUUCCGGUGCACCCCAGGAUGCAGCAAAUGCUCUCCUGCAAGACCCAUCAUCAUCUGCACCUCCAGAGCCUCGCCCUCUACUCUUCACCACAGACCUCCCCAACAUCACCGCCGUAGACCUGGAUGUCCUCAAGCUCACAGCCCUCUUCGUCGCCCGCAAAGGCCCAGCAUUCGCCACUGCCCUCCUCGAACGAGAGGCGCGCAGCUACCAAUUUGAGUUCCUACGCCCAUCUCAUAGUCUCUUCGGCUUCUUCAAUCGGCUCGUCGAGCAGUACAGACUUGUACUCGAGCCGCCCAAGGACCUCCUCGAGCAGAUCGGCGGCAGCGGCGGCAGCGAGGCAGGCCCCGUCGCUUCGACGAGCAAAACGGGUAUGGGCGCAGGCGGGCCACGUCAGUUAGUUCUCGCUGAAGCUCGCCGUCGUGCAGCCUACAACAAAUGGGCAGAGCAACGUCGCAAAAAGCGGGCGGACGAGGAGGAGGAGGAGCGAGCUGCGUUCAAUCAGAUCGAUUGGCAAGACUUUGUCGUCGUCUCUACGGUCGAGAUCACCGAGACGGACGCACACAUUGACUUGCCCGUACCAAUGUCGCUGAGGGAUGUCGAGAACAUGACGAUGGCGCAGAAGAGGAUGGCGGCUAUGAUCAUGGAGCAGGGCGGGGGCGAGGAGCCCGCCGAGGAGGAUGCGCCAGAGGCGAAUGGGCAGGGCGGAGCCGAGGAGAUGCAGAUGGAUAGUGGCAGUGAGGAUGAAGGCGAGAAAGCAUCGCAACAAGCGCAGCCCUCAGCAUCGGCGAGCAACCCUUCGAAGCCUCCCGCAUCAGCCCCACCAAGCAACAUCAAAAUCCGCAAAGACUAUGUCCCCAAGACCCUCGCACAACGCCAAGCCGCCUCCGCGCAGCAAACAACGUCCUGCCCCAUCUGCCACCAACAAAUCCCCACCUCCGAGCUCGACGAGCAUGUCCGCAUCGAGCUCCUCAACCCUGCCUACCGCUCGCAACGCGCCGAGCUCGAGUCGCGCAUUGCUCAGCAAGCCGCCCUCACCCAAGGGGCUGACCCUGCGAAAUUCCUGCGCUCCUUCGCCGGAGCGAGGCGCGACAUCUUCGGUCUGCAAGAGCAGGAGGGGACGCUGCGAGAACGAGAGGAAGAGGAAAGGAAAAGGGCGAGAGAGAGGGAGAAGCUGGUCUGGGAUGGACAUGCUGCUAGCAGGGGGAGGACGAUGGAUGAGUUCAAUCGUACGGACCUGGUUGAGCAGCGGGCGAAGGAGAUGGAGCAACGUUUCCCGCAAAAGGACACGCAGAGUAUUGGUCCUCGUGUGCCCGGUCAGGAAGGUGGGGAGGCACAGGCUACUCCAGAGCCACCACAGCAGCCACAGGCGUACCCAGAGCCGGAGCAUGUGGUCGGCGCCGACGCCUCUUCCGCACCCGUAAACUAUACAGCUGGUGGACCGGCGGGCAUGAAAAGGCCGGCGGAGGAGAUGUACCCGCAGGGCAACAUGUAUCCUCCGCCGGCGCAGCGCAUGGCGUACGAGGGGGCGCACGGCGGGCCGGUCCCGAUUCAAGUGGGGGUGCAGACUGGACAGUACGGCCAACCAGGUCAGUAUGGCCAGCCGCAGCAGCAACAGCAGCAGCAGCACCACCACCAACCACCGCAGGGCUACCCACCAGCGGGGACCGGCUGGGGCCCUCCCCAACAGCAAGCAGCUCCCUCUGCCCUAUCUGUCACCCUCUCGCUCCCCUCCCUCUCUCGCACCCAGACCUACUCGGACCUUCAACCGAGCACGACGGUCGCUACGUUGCGUGACCGUUGUCAGGCGGAGUGCUUCCCGAAUACGGGAGCUAGUCGCUUGAAGUUGAAGAUGGUUAGUACGGGGAAGAUGCUGACUCUGAAGCAGACAUUGGGCGAGUUGGGCUUCCAGCCCUCGAAUGAGCCGGGUGGGGGUGGCGAGCAAGGGGAGAUCGAGGUUAUCGUCAAGUGAAGGCGGGCGAGCGCAGACGCCAUGUACGAUACGAUACAAUGAUGAUGCCGAUUGCAUGCUCG